AUGAGGAACAGGGCCAGCAACACCUUGUCCAAGGGAAAAAUCCGUCAAUCAUGGAGCAAGUACAACUUGUAUAACCUGCAACGAUUCCGUUCCCCGUCCACUAUCAACCGCACAUUCUUCCAGCAAAAAUGGACUGCCAAGGCCGUUUCUCGCGCCUACCACGGUGAGCAGGUCCGUGAGGGCCAAUGGAAGCGCAUGUUCUCGAAGCGUAUCCGCAGCGUUUACCCCAUGAACACGCAAGAUCUCGCGAUGGACGAUGGAUCCAAGGCAUCUGCCGGUCGAGGCUCCGGUCUGGAAGUGGAGACGGAGGGGAAGCCCAGCAAUCCGCGUCUGGUCCCCUAUACCCAGAUGGCAUUCGCUCCCCUGGAGCGCCGGUUGGAUGUUGCCAUAUUCCGAGCACUGUUUGCUAGUAGUGCCCGGCAAGCGAGGCAGUUUGUCAUCCAUGGCGCGGUUACCGUGAACGGUCAGAAGAUGAGACACCCCAGCUAUCUCCUCAACCCCGGAGAUCUGUUCCAGGUCGAUCCUGAGCGUGUUAUGUUUGCCACCGGUGCCCCCAAGACAAAAUUUGAGCGACGAGAGGCCCGCCAGCUGAAGUCGAAGAGUGAGAUUGAAGAAGAGGCCGAGACCGAAGCCGAGACCAAGCCGGAGCCCGCGGAGAAGGAAGAAAAGGAAAGCGCCAAGGAUACUCUCAAGGCCUUGAUGGCCCAAGCCAAGACGAUCAUGUCCACAGACAAGGAUGUGCUCCCGGCGAAGCGCAAGCAAGAGCUGCGCGGCUUCCAGAAGGCCGUGCGCCGUGUGUUGUCCCGCUCCGAGACCAGCACCAUCCUCACAGACAGUCUUGAAUCGCAGUUCUCCGAGCUCACCCUGAUGCUGAAGGCGACACGUGCUGAGAAGAAGCCCAAGGACGCCAAGAAGUCCAAGGAUCAGUCAACUAGUGAGGCUAGUGAGGAGACCGCUGCCGCUCCCAAGACAUCAGACGAGGCCGGUAACAAGCUAUCGGAGGCCUUCCAGAAAGCUGCCGAGGGUGGUGAGGUCGACGCAUCGGAAUUGUCUGAGGAGGAGUUCGAUGUUCUCCGCCGCGCUCUUACUCAGAUGCGUGACAAUCCCAUCGAUCACUCUAAGCCAUACGCCACUCCCUGGCGUCCACGGGACUACAUGUCUGUCUUCGCCUUCAUUCCCCGCUACCUCGAGGUCAACCAGAAUAUUUGCGCCGCUGUAUACCUGCGUCACCCCGUUGCCCGCCCCGGCUCCGCCGAAGUGCCCACUCCCUUCGGAGAGUCAGUUAGCACUCCGGCCUAUGGCUGGUACCUGAAGAGACGUUGGUAG